GCUUCCACCACUUCCGCCCUCGAGAUCACGUCUCACCGUGGGUUGGUAGAAUCGGACCGGCGCAUGCGCAGUGAGAGGAUCGCGGUCAAAAUCGAUUUCAAAAUUGCUUAAAAGACAAACUCUAAGAAUGGGAUCUAAGAGUUGUAGUGACUAGCUCAGCAAAAACGCAAUUUUGACGCCGAAUUCGAUUGUGACGCAGUUGAAAUUGGCCUCUCCCUACGGCCCCCCCCUUCACACUUCCGUCCUGACGCAGACGCGAGGCCGCCUUCCGCACUGCGGAGGCGUCCUUGGCCCUACCCUAGUCUGUUUCCUGGAGCAUGCGCGGUCGCCUUUCCAGCCUUUCUUCCUUUGUGCGUACGUCAAGAUGGCUGCCUCCGUAUUGAACGUGUUGCUGAGGCGCUUUUUUAGCAUUUCGCCCUUCAGAGGUGCCUACGGAGUUCAGGUUCCCCUCCAGACUCUUUGCACCAAAGCCCCCCUUGAGGACGAUUCUUUGCCCCCAGUUCCUGUUUCCCCAUAUAAGGAUGAACCCUGGAAAUAUCUGGACUCAGAAGAAUACCAGAACCGCUAUGGUUCUCGCCCUGUUUGGGCUGACUACCGUCGCAACCACAAAGGUGGAAUACCCCCACAGCGGACUCGAAAGACGUGUAUUCGUGGAAAUAAAGUUGCUGGGAAUCCCUGCCCCAUCUGUCGGGAUCAGAAGUUGCACGUUGACUUUAGGAACGUGAAGCUCUUGGAACAGUUUGUCUGUGCCCACACGGGUAUCAUCUUCCACGCUCCAUAUACAGGGGUCUGUGUAAAGCAACACAAGAAGUUGACCCAGGCCAUCCAGAAAGCCAGGGAUCACGGUCUCCUCAGUUACCACAUUCCCCAGGUUGAACCCCGGGACCUUGACUUCAGUACCUCUCAUGGAGCUGUGAGUGCUACUCCGCCUGCCCCCACUCUGGUGUCGGGUGACCCCUGGUACCCAUGGUACAGCUGGAAACAGCCCCCAGAGAGAGAGCUGUCCCGCCUUCGCCGGCUCUACCAAGGCCAUCUCCGGGAAGAAAGUGGCCCUCCGCCUGCCUCAAUGCCCGAGGUGCCCCUCACAGCCCCAGCUGAAGCCUCCUCCACUGAGCAGGCGGACCCCCAGCAUUCUCUGUAGGAGCGGUAGACUGGGAAGGGAGCUGGAGGGUCCCUUACACAGUAUUUCACCCUGAAGAGCUGUGUCUACUUUGUGACCAGUGGCAGUGGCAGGGCCAGGGCCAGAGAAAGGAAAUGAUUAUUGGUGAAAGGGAUAAAUACAUCUGAGGCUGAGGGAGGGCUGAACAGAUGUGUAUGGGAAACCCCAGCCCCUAUAUGUUGUAAAUAGAUGUGCUAUACAUCCUGUUACUGUUUCAGACCUGUGCCAACUGGGUUUUUCCACAAUAAAGCUGUAUCCUGUCUCUGGGCU